AUGUCGUCUCCAGCAGAUCAUCAGCCUUCGAAGAAGCCUAUGAAAGAAGCUCCUGUUCCAAGACCAAGCUCAAGCGUACUCCUAAUUUCUCCUACGAACCAAAUUCUACUCCUCCAUCGAGUCAAAAAGGCGUCCAGCUUCGCCUCCGCGCAUGUCUUCCCUGGCGGCGCAUUGUCUAAGACCCACGAUGGUGACAUACCAGAUGUGAACGACCCGGGACGACACCAAGAUGGCCCGGCAUACCGACUCGCCGCAAUCCGCGAAACAUUCGAGGAGUGCGGGAUCCUCCUCGCAAAAAGCAAAACCACCGGAAAACUAUUCACAGGCAUCAGCGACGAAGAAAGAGAACAAGGUCGCCGUGCCGUACACUCAGGCACCGUAAAGUUCACCGACCUCCUCGAGAAGUGGGGCGCGCUCCCCGACACAUCCAGCCUGAUCCCCUUCACGCGCUGGAUCACGCCGCCAAACGUGCCCAGGCGCUUCUCAACACAAAUGUACAUCUACUUCCUCCCCUUGAACUCCACGUCGCCCACCAAGCGUGCCGCACCAGCGGGCACGCCCCCCGAGUCUGGCGUCGAAGAAGAAGACGAACUCGUGAUACCGAAUCCAACGCACGACGGGGGCAUCGAACAUACCGCUGCACGCUUUUUGCCGCCGAAUAAGUGGAUUGAUUUGGCGAGAAGGAAUAGGAUUAUUUUGUUUCCGCCGCAGUUCUUUCUCACGCUGUUGCUCUCCCCUUACCUCUCUGCAAACGUAACGAGUCCCUCUUCCCCAACUCCCUCGUACGAAGAACUCGCUCUCGAGCGCGAGAAACUCAUGGACUUUUUUUCCAAACCGCGCACGUACGAUGGACAACCCGAAGUCCCGCUCUCGGAAGCUUGCAUCUCGCCGGUUGUACUGGGCAAGGGCGAGUAUGGCGAGAAGGCGCAGGAUGGUGUUGGCGGUGUGGAUAAGCAUACGGCGGUGCUUGUGCUGGAUCGGCCGGGGAGGGAGGUUGAGGAGCAGGGGUUGAGUAGGAGGGGGAUUAGGGAGUGGGUUGUUACUACAAAGUUUAAGGGGGAGGGACCGAGGGAUGUGGAUGUGCGGAAGAGGGAGGAUGUGCUUGGGAAGGGAGUGGAGAAAGGGAAGCUGUAG